AUGGCAGCCCCUCAAACUAAAAGCACCAAAGACCUUGACGGAAACUGGGUGAUGAACAAGGACUUGUCGGACAGUUCUGACCCAAUUCUCAAAAUCCAAGGCAUCGGAUAUCUUACUCGUAAAGGCGUUGGCCUAGCAACAAUUCACCUGAACAUCAAGCAGUAUGAAAGCGUUCCCAUGACACCGAGCGCAAGUACCGGCAAAGUCACUUGCAUUGAGUUCACUCAGACAGCUUCUGGCUUGAAGAGCACCGAGGAGGUGCGGUAUCUGGACGACGAAUUCCGCGAUCAACAUGACUGGCUUUUUGGCACGGUCAAGGUACAGGCCCGAUGGGUGGCCCUGGAGGAUAUUGACGAUGCAUUUUUGAAGGGGGGGUUUCUAGUUGAAGGUGAGGGCAAGAACCUUGUGCUCAGUCAUGCUGUGAGCCAAGGGAAAGGCUGGACUGCUACUCAGGUUUGGGGGUUCCAAGUAGUUGAGGAUGAGAGACGGUACUGCAUGCGCGUGGUAGUCGUCUCCAAAGAUGGCCAAAAGGCCCAGGCUCGGUUCGUCUAUGAUUAUCAGUCAGAGUAG